GAGAGAGGCAGACUGCAGCUCAUGUCCUGUCUUGUAAAUCAGCCUUGUUACAUAAACGUACAUCAUGGAGAAAUAUUUAGAACGAUUAACUCAGGGCGGAGAAAAGGAACAAUAGAAGUGAGAAGAUUAGAGAGAACGACAAUUCAAAGGUGACAGAGAAGAGAGAACGGGAGGAAAGAGAGGCAAGAGAAGAAGGAGACAGACAGAGGACAGAGAUAUUGCUGAAUUCAUCAUCUUCAGAAUAAUGAAUCAACAGUUCUGAUUUAGUAACAAAUGUUUCAUGGAUCUUUACGAGUACAUCAAAGGUCAGAUGAUACAGAAGUGAUUGGCGCCAUUCACGUUGAUAAACAUGAAAGUCUGCAUAACAGCGAUAUCGUUUAUCACCAUAUCUGUCUGUUUUAUGGAGAUGUUUGAUAUGUAUGAGGAUGUUUGUGAAAGGUUGUGUUUUUGUGAAGAAAGAGAUGGAAUUUCGAUAACCAGCUGUGAAAGACAAGGAAUUGUAAGUGUCUCUGAAGUUGGAUUUCUGCACUUCACACAUCACCUAUUUCUCACAGGAAACCUGCUGAAAAAACUUUCGUUUGAUGAUUUCUCACGUUAUGAGGGACUCAUGAUCUUGCAUCUAGGCAGUAAUGACAUAUCUGAAAUUGAGACUGGGGCUUUCAAUGGACUAAGUGCACUAAAGCGCCUGCAUUUAAAUAACAACAAACUUGAGGUGCUCAGGGAUGAUACUUUUAUUGGGCUGGAACAUCUGGAGUACCUUCAAGUUGACUAUAAUUACAUUAGCCGCAUUGAGCCAAACACCCUCAAUGGGUUACAAUGUCUAGACGUGUUGCUUUUGAAUGAUAACUUGCUGUAUUCCUUGCCUAAAAAUGUUUUUCAGUCUCUUUCUUUGACCCACCUUGAUCUGAGAGGGAACCAGCUUAAAGUUCUUCCUUAUAAUGGACUUCUUGAACACUUAUCAAAAAUUGUGGAAAUACAGCUUGAAGAGAAUCCUUGGAACUGUACUUGUGAGCUUAUUGGCCUCAAAGACUGGCUAGAAAGCAUAUUGUAUACAUCAUUAGCAGGAGACAUAGUGUGUGAAACACCAUUCCAGCUUCAUGGAAGGGAUCUUGAUGUGAUUUCCAAGCAGGAACUAUGCCCAAGAAGAGCUGUAGCCAAAUAUGAAAUGGGUGCCAAAGUAUUUCACAAACCUGAGGCAAUUGCAUCCUCAAACAUUGUAAGCUCUACACAACCCACUAAGAGCAGCCGUCAGUCGGGAAAGCUACGUACCAAACCAUCAGCGAGGGUUUUCUCCAGCAAACCACAAAAUUAUGGCCCAGUGGUGGCAUACCAAACCAAAUCCCCAGUCUCUCUUGGGUGUCCUACCAUGUGCAUUUGCAAUCUCCAAAUUUCAGAUCUUGGCUUGAAUGUGAACUGCCAAGAGAGGAAAAUUGAGCGCAUUCUGGAUCUGGAUCCCAAACCAUAUAAUCCCAAAAAGAUGUACCUCACAGGAAACUAUAUCAACUCGGUGCACAGUUCAGAUUUUCUGCACACAACCAGCUUGGAUCUGCUUCACUUGGGCAAUAAUCGGAUAUCUGUCAUUCAUAGCAAAGCAUUUGCAGAGUUACAUAACUUGCGAAGACUAUACUUGAAUGGAAACUUAAUUGAGCAUCUCACUGAUGAUAUGUUCUCAGGCUUAGAAUGCCUCCAGUUUCUCUACUUGGAGUACAAUGUGAUCAGAGAAAUAGAAAUUGGUACCUUUUCACAAGUACCCAAGCUUCAACUGCUGUUUCUCAACAAUAACCUUCUCAAAACACUGCCAGUGGGAGUUUUCACAGGUUCAAACUUGGCACGGUUGAAUUUACGCAACAAUCACCUACGAAACAUGCCAAUCAAUGGUGUUUUGGAACAUUUGACAUCAGUAGUGCAGAUAGAUCUGUUUGAGAACCCCUGGGAUUGCUCUUGCUCAAUUGUGGAAAUGAAAAAAUGGUUGGAAGAGCUCAGUUCUGGAACUGUGGUGAAUGAUGUGAUUUGUGAAUCUCCACCAAAAUUCACGGGAAAGGAUUUACGCUUUGUUCAUUCCUCUGAUCUUUGCCCAGUUGAUUCAAGUGUUCAAACAUCCCUGCUUUUGCCAUCAGAAGAAUCCUUCCCAGGCAGCACCAUUACUUUUGAGACAACACUGGAUUACAAUUCAUUAGAUCCAAUGAUGCCUCUCUCCGUGCUCAUUCUCACUUUGCUCCUUAUUUUCAUUGCAACUGUAUUCAUUACUGCUGGCCUGUUCACGAUGUUCAAGAUAAAACAGCACAAAAAGGACAAGAGCAAAAAUACAAACUCCAGUUCCUUCAAUAUAAUUUACAUUGACAGACCAGCAACAAAGAUCAGGACUUCAGCAGGUCACGUUUAUGAAUAUGUCCCUCCUCUUCCAGCAUCUAAGUGCACCAUAGAUGGCAUUCUAGAAGAGAGGUACACUGAAUUUGAUGAGAAAAAUGCUUUAUCAUAUACCUCAGAUGAUGAAUUGAGAAGCAUUGUAUGUGGCUCAGAGUUUAGUGCAAGUACCAGACCCUCUCCUCUACAAGAUGAUAACCUUUUUUAUCGAGACAUCCUGGCAAGAAGCCAUCAAGGCUCCUGCAGAUCCAGUUUAUCAUGCAAACAUAGUAUGACACAGUAUUCCCCUGAUUACAGUGUUACACAUCAGUAUUUGCAUCCAGAAAAAAUACAAAAAAGAAUGAUGUAUGUAAAGCCCAACAGAGGUGAAUAUUGGGAGUUAAAAGCACAGCUUAAUUUUGAGCCAGACUACCUGGAAGUUCAUGAGAAAAGGACAACAUUCACUCAGUUUUGAGUUGAAACAACUGUUCUUUGACUUGGAUUUUGGAAAUGUCUUGUUAUUCACAGAGCUGACAUGGAUAAAGCUUCUAAGAACAGCUUGAAGUCUAAGACCAAAAAAAGUUAGUUCAAAGCUGGAAAUUGAAAUGCAUGGUCUAAAUAUUAGAGAAACAGCUUUGAGACUAAAAGGUUGCUGGAUUGAUUCCCUGGACCAGCAAGAAUGGCUGAAGUGUUCUUGAGCAAGGCACCUAACCCCUGACUGCUCUGGAUAAGAGUGUCUGCUAAAUGUCAUGCAAUGUAAUUAUAAAGGCUUUCAGAGCAACUGCUGACAAGGAGUAACAGUUAAGAGUAAAUCAUGAAGUAUGACAGCUGCACCACUGUAAAUCUACCAGCCAUCACCAUGUUAAUAGAGUACAAACCAGAUGUGAUAAUCUGUAUAACACCAGUUCUAAAUUCAAUCUUCUUCUCAGGAAAUAAUAAUAACUAGAUAGAUACUGUGACUAAAGUCACAGUGAUUUAUGCUAGCUCUUACAAACCAGGAUGUCUGGUCACCGUACCCUAUAGAUAUGGUAAGAGAUAAAGAAUGACACUUAGUGAGGAAAAAAAAGCCCAUUUUUCAUGGAGCAUUCCAGUUCGGUGAUCCAGAUCAGCAACUAAAGUCAUAGCAACUUAAUUCAGCCCAGAGGUAUCCUUCAUGUGAAAUUUGGUGAUCACUGGUUGAAAACUGAGGGAUAAAUAUUGUCCUAAAAAUGUUAGGAUAAUAAUAAUAAUAAUAAUAAUAAUAAUAAUAAUAAUAAAGUACAAAGAUCCCGAAUGAGAGUAACAAUUUGCGCUACCGCUGUUAGCGCAAAUUAAUAAUAAUAAUAAUAAGAAACUCAUGUGGUGAUCUUAGGGGUCCAAGCACUGUUUUUUUAUUGUUGUUUUUGUUGUUUUCAAACAGCAGCCCUUCAGGUGUUACUUUAGCAGAAGAAGAAGAAGGAGAAUCCUAAUAAAAACACUAAUGGAUGCAUAAUAACCUGCACUGCAUCUUACAGCUGCUUUAUAUUUAUGAAAACAGUUUGCUGGAUGAUUAAUGCCUUGUUGCAAACAAAGUAAAAAAUAAAAAAAAUUGUGUCCAAGGUGAAAAUUCUGACUGAAGUUCUCAAAACACUGGUAAUGAGCCUCAAAAACAUUUCAGUAUGUCAGUGUUGUGAGUAUAAAGCCAAUCCAGGGUCUUGUGCUGCUGAAACUCUAAGAGCUUAAAGCAUAUACGCAGAGCCAUGGCCUCACUUUCAUUUAUAAAUGCCUUGAGACCUCAAGAAUGGCACAGGAAUAGUUUUAAGCGUUAACAAUAAAUCCAAUAUAGUAAUUUUUAUGAUUAAAGUGAUUUAUAUAGGUAGCGGUCUGAGUGAAUGACCUUGACGUCCCUAACGUCACAACAGGAAGUCUAUCAGUCUCAUCACUACUUCUGCUAUACUAAAACACAGAGCUGACUGCAACUCCGAUCCUCCAUUUUGAGCUAAUUUAUCACCAUGCCACGUAGCUAUGUUUUUGGCCAGUGGAACAACACUACAGAAGCUGGAUUUAUGUUGCAUUCAUGGUCCAAGAAUGUUCAAACUGCAAAGAUUUGGAUGUGUUUUGCGAGAAGUUCACGGACACAUUGGGCGCCUAUGAAGUGGUCUCUCCUCUGCUCUGCACAUUUUACUGAAGCCUCGUACGAAACCUCUGAUCUGUUGAGGAGCGUUGGCUAUAAGCCUGUACUGAAAGAGGGUGCAGUACCAACAAUUAAAGAAAAAGAAAACUACAAGGAAAGGAAAGUAUUUAUUUAUUUAUUUAUUUUAUUUUUUUUAAAAAGGAAAGUGAGCCGAGGGUUGUUGCUAAAACCCGGGAUGGAACGGGACGGGACAUAUCGCUCGGGCAGUGACCUCCCUGCAGUUGUUGCUAAAACUGGUGACAUCCCGUUCCAUCCCGGGUUUUAGUAAUUGCCUGAGCCCAGCAGUAAUGGUGGACUACACAGUAUGAAGAAAAGUGAAUGAGUGGAGCAGCCAUCUUAUUUCUAAACCUCAUAUUGCUGCCAUCUCUGAACAAACAACUGAAAGUCAGAUUGUUUCAAAAACAAUUGGCCUUCAAGAAGCGAGAACACAGACGGGUAAGCUCCGACUUUGAUUUGGAUAAAAAAAAAACACCAUGCUCUUUACCUGCAUUUAGAUUAAUACAUGUAACUUGUAUUGUGUGUUUAAGUUACAGGUAUAAGAUUAUUUAAUUUGCUUCAGAAUGUGAUUGUCUCAGUUCAUAAGCCUUUUACGUUUUAUCAGUGAAAAUGCAUGCAUAUACAUGUAUGUUGCAUAAGUUAUAAUACCUAUCCUGUUUUAAUGAGAGUCAGCCCACAAUCAGUGAAGUCAAAUCAGUCUUAGUUGAGCAAGUCGGUAACGGUAUUUCUUACUUUCACCAUAAAUUUGUAUUUAUAUGACUUUGGUCUAUAGCUAUAAAAGGCCUCGGCCUUAAAACCGGUUCCUGCUGUGAUGUCACGCACUCAGGCAUGGCUGGCUCAGUGGGGCAGCUCAAAUGCCAAAUUUGCAGUUGAUUUUAUCUCUCAAAAAUAUAUAUUUUUUCAUUCCCAUUUAUGCAGCAUAAGAGUCAAGGAUGGAGAUACUAUCCACAUAGAAAUUUAUUUAAAAAUAAAGGCUCUGCGUAUCUCCUUUAAGGAAAUAAUAGCAUACUAUAUGCUAUGUGGUUAGCACCUCAGAGAAAUUUGUUUUGAUUCUGAUUUAUAAUCCACAUAAAGUACAUUACAUCUUUUUACUCUUUAGAUCAAAUAAAGAGCAAACAGAUGUGUUUAAUGGUUUUAUGCACAAUUAUAUUGGGAUCUUGGUCCUCUCUUCCAUGCAGUACAUCCCAUAACCAUUUCUGUGUUAAUAUGGAAGUCAUUCAUCUAUAAGGUCAAGUAAUCACCUCCUUGCAGAGGCUGAAAAAUCCUGGGUUUAUUGCAGUUCAUGAUACCCCAAACAGCCCCAAAACACCAGGGAUCCACCUCAGUAUUUUAAGGUGAGAUAUCAGGUGAUUUUCCUUUUCUGGAAAAUUCACUUCUAACAUGUGGAUGGUGUUUAUUUUAGUUUCCUCUGACCCACAUGACACAUUUCCAGUUGUUUAUCCAUUAAAGUUGGUGAAGUUCAGGAUCUGCAUUUUGUUUGUUUCUCUUAGGAAAGGCUUUUUUUUUGUGCAACUCUUCCACACAGCUUGUUGGGUCUGUUUGUGCCCAAAGAGGGAAGGGUAACUGCAAAAGCAUAUAAAGUUCAAUGUUAAUUUACUGAUUUUGAUUUUAUGCCUUUGAAGGAUACUUGUCACAAAGCGUUGGGUUAAACGCUGUGAUCAGUGGAGUUUAUACAGGGUUUAAGAGGAAAUGUUAGAUUUCCUUUCCCUUUCUGCUCUUAAUUUACUUUAAGGAAGGACAUAGCAAUAAAAUUGCAUUUUAUUUUUAGGGUUUUAUGAGCCAGUGUGUGGCAAUUUUAUACUGAACAAUUUAUAUUUUGCUUAUUCAUCUCAGCUCAUUAUCUCUAGCCACUUUAUCCUGUUCCACAGGGUCGCAGGCAAGCUGGAGCCUAUCCCAGCUGACUACGGGCGAAAGGCAGGGUACACCCUGGACAAGUCACCAGGUCAUCACAGGGCUGACACAUAGACACAGACAACCAUUCACACUCACAUUCACACCUACGGUCAAUUUAGAGUCACCAGUUAACCUAACCUGCAUGUCUUUGGACUGUGAGGGAAACCGGAGCACCCGGAGGAAACCCAUGCGGACAUGGGAAGAACAUGCAAACUCCUCACAGAAAGGCCCUCGCCGGCCCCGGGGCUCGAACCCGGACCUUCUUGCUGUGAGGCGACAGCACUAACCACUACACCACCGUGCCGCCCAUCGUGCCACCUAUUUUGCUUAUUAAAAACACAAAAACAGCUGUGUAGGUUAAAAUGAAGCCAUUUUAUUAUGUGAACAACAACAACAACAGCAACAACAGGAAAGAGAUUUAUUUUAAUAUUCAGCAGCUGUACAUUCAGACAAACUUUAGUACAAU